AUGGCUGGCCUUGAGACUGUUUACGCCAUCCACAGCUUUGAAGCCGAGAACCAGGAUGAAAUCGGCUUUUCGGCAGGUGAACCGAUUGUCGUGGUUGAAAAGGACGAAGGUUACAAUGACGGUUGGUGGCAGGGUCGUAAUGUACGUGGCGAUGUUGGCUUGUUCCCAAUGAACUACACCUCGUUUGAACCAAACGGCGCACCGACCACCACGGCACUUGAAAAGAAAAUCCAUUCACUUGAAGAAGCUAUUUCCAAGAUCCAAGUUUCCCCCUCGUCGCAUAGCAAUGUGCUCUCCUCACAACUACCAACACCAUCCACAUCCACGUCAUCCACUGAAAGACAACUACGUGAACAACAGCAACAGCAACAACAACAACAUGCAGCAACGGCAUCAACAUCAUCAUCACAUGAUAUCCAAACAUCACGUUCCAUUCGUCGACCCAUACCAAGUCGUGUUAAUUCCACCAUGACAACUUCAUCCAUGGAUACAACUCAAUCAUCAAUAUCACCAGCUAUGAUGGUACGCCGUUCUACGCAACAUGCUGUGUCUCGAUCCCCUACGGCUGCAUUCAAGAAUACGCAAAAGGCACUUUCAGCAGCGCUGGAGUUACCUGAGCUUAAAGAUAGUUCACCCGAGGAAUGGGAUAUGGACCAAGUUACUGUAUGGAUGCAUGCAAUGGGUUUUAGCAAUGUUGCAGAAAACUUUAAAGCACAAGAAAUCACGGGUGAUAUUUUGAUCGAGCUUACGCUCAAUUCUCUCAAGGAAUUGGAUGUCAACACCUUUGGAAAGCGUUUCAGAAUCCAUAGCGCAAUCACAGCUUUGCGUGCCUAUUGCAACAUUGAUGACGACUCUUAUUUUGGUCGACCCUCAAGAGACAAUGGAUCGAUCUAUAGCGCAUCUCAACCUGCAACACCUGGUAACGAAUACGAUUCCAUGACCAUGGCUUCUGAAGAUCGCCAAAGUCGUUCAGGCUAUUCGACCACAACAGGAGGCUCCUUGAGCAGCCGUCGCCAUCACCAUCAUCAUGCAACACUAUCGGAUGAAAUGGGUGGUAGCAAAAUGAAUAUUGGUCGUAAGCAUAUCCCAGCCGAUACAGCAAUGCGGAUCAAACCUGUCAAAUCACGUGAGGUCACUCGCAGCUCAUUCUCACCUACAUCCAAGCCUCAAACCAUUUUACCCGUUGCAAGCCGUACGUCAUUGGACAGCAUUGCACAUCAAUCAGCUGUGGACGUUCAGCCUGACAUGGAAGGAUGGCUCAGCAAACAAGGAGACAAAUACAAGACUUGGAAUCGACGUUGGUUUGUACUCAAAGGUCCCAACCUCUUUUAUUUCAAGAGCCCAAGCGAUGUACGCAUGAAAGGAAUUAUCAAUCUACGUGGAUAUCGUAUUGUGUGUGAUGAGACCAUUUAUGCUGGUAAAUGGUGUUUCAAGGCUCAGCAUGAUCGUGAACGUACCUUUUUCUUUUACACCGACUCCGAAUUUGGCAUGAAAGCUUGGAUCAAGGCAUUAAUGAAGGCCACUAUUUCUCGAGAUUAUACAACCCCUGUCAUGUCAUCUAGCACGAUCCCAACGGUGUCAUUGGAUAUUGCUCGUCGCAUGAAACCACGCCCACCCUCCAUGAUUCUUUACAAAAAGGAGCAUCGUCGACCCAAGACACCAAGUCUAGAAUCAAUUGAUGAUGAGGAGUAUGCUGAAAGCUAUAGCAAUGGAAUGAUGUCAGCGGAUGAUGAACCAAGUGAAUUGCUUACGCCUGAGAGUCUGGACUCUGCAAGUUUCGAUUACGCCAACAAUACCACCACCACCACUACCACUACCAUCAAGGAUUGCAGUAUAGAAACGGGACACGAGCUUCAGGAUUCGGGCUUUGAUAGUACGCGUGGUGGUGGUCAUUUAUCUCCUGUUGUGGCACCUCCUCACCAUCAUCACCAACGUCCUCCUAUUUACUUUAACGGCGACUGUGAAGAUGAUGAUGACGACGACGACGACGAUGAGUUGUAUGGAGAUGCACGAACACAUGGUCUAUCAGAGGAAAUCACCGAUGAAAGCUACAUCAGUGCCCAAGAAGCCAUGGGAUCAACGGCUGACUACAUCGAAUGGAUCCAACAACACAUCAAACGCAAAAUCUCUAGCUUGGAUGAAAUGCGAUCAGGCGAGAUCUUGAUUGAUCUUUUGGAAAAUCUCAGCAAAAAAAGUGUUCGUCGACCACCUUCCAUGACCAAUGGCUCCGUCAAUAUGCAAAUGCUUGAUAACAUUGUGGCUGCAUUCAAGUUUAUGGGCCGUGAAGGCGUGCAAGUGGAUGGCCGCUAUAGCAUCAAAGAUGUGUUUGGGGGUAACGAGCCCAAAAUCAAGGAAAUGUUGGAUGCUAUUCGAGCAUGGUCUGAAGGUCUUGCCCAAUAG